CGACUAGUAGCGCGUGCGUGCCACGUUCGACGCACUGUAACAAAACCAUAAAAGAAUUCGUCCAAGAAGUUGUGUUUCGCGCUUAUAGAAACUAAACACAGUACAGGAGGAUGCUCUCCAUCAUCACAUUCCUGGCGGUGCUAGUCACUGCCAGCAAUGCUGCGGUAUAUUCUAGCAAUCCAGAAAUCGGGACAGCAGUUGGCUACUUAGCAGAUUGUCCGGGGUCGUUCAAGAAUGCCAGCAUAACUCCCAAAAUGUUGCAGUACCUGCAAAUUGUACUACACCAGUGGACUGCCAACGGUGCUGUCAGACAUCGUAUGCCAGUCAGCACCGCUGCGAAGACCAGCAAGAAUUACAAUAUAGAUCUGAAAAACAAGAAGACCGUUGUUUACUUAGUUGGUUUCCUGGAUACCUCAGUCUUCCUUCACACCGUAGCAGUGGCAUCAUCGUACGCGAAACGAGGCUACAACGUGUUCAUUUCAGAAACCAUACAAUUCCUGUCACACGUUUAUCCAAAAUCUGUCCGCUUAGCUCGGCCAAUAGGCAACAAAAUCGGCGAAUUUCUGGUUAACCUGACUGCAAUGGGAAUGAAGCCAGAGAAUCUCGAACUAGUCGGCUUGAGUUUGGGCUGUCAUGUUGCUGGUUACGCUGCUAAGUAUUACUAUUCUGUCACGGGAAGAAAACCAUCUAGACUGACUGCAUUGGAUCCAGCUGGACCGUGCUUUAGAACAAAGACAGCAGAAAACAGACUUGAUUCAUCAGACGCCGAGAGAGUUGAUGUCCUGCAUACUAAUAUAGACGGUUUUGGAAUAGCAGAGAGACUGGGACAUAUAGAUAUAUACAUCAACGGCGGUGAAUUUCAACCUGGCGAUAUACCAUCCAUUCCUUGCUUAGUUCUAUGCAGCCAUGUCAAAGCUACGCUAUACUGGUGGCAGGCUUUGGAAAAUCCAAAGAAAUUCAUCGCAGUCAAAUGUGAUUCUGUACAAGAUGCGCGGUUAGCUAAUUGUUACAAUAAUACGGAAAUUAAUUACGUUGGUUUCAAUACUGAUUUCGAUAAACCAGGUAUAUAUUAUUUGUCUACGAAUGCCGAGUAUCCUUAUUACAAAGGAAAGGAAGGUCUAAAUGGUAACAGUGAAGUAUUUACGUCUAUAAUGAGAAGAAUGAAUUCUGAAGAUAAUUUUGAUGUAUAAUAUGUAGGUAUAAAUGCGAUGGUUGCCAUUCACCAGGUUACCAUUAAUGGUCACGGUCACCACUUGCCAUUUCAGUUACAUAAAAUAAAACUUGAAUUUGUCGAAAGUUGAAUUAAACAAGAUACAGCUUAAAUCUCUGAUUAAAGAGAUAGUAAAUAAUUCUAGUUAGAAAAAGUGAGAUCAUGUAAAGAUAUAUAAUAUAAUAAAUAAAGAAAGUUCCUAUUAUAUUAGUAUCUAGAUAUCCAGUA